CAUUACUUUUCUAGCACCACGUUACCUUCUGUAGGUUGUGUGUGUGUGUGUGUAUCAAAGCGUUUUCAGACGGGUCAGUUUGGUGAUGCGAGUGCCAGUGCGUUGGGUAUUAUGGGAUGUGAAGGACACACUGCUAAAGGUCCGGCGCUCGGUUGGGGAGCAGUACUGCAGCGAAGCAGAUCGAGCAGGACUGAAGCUGCCAGCGGCACAAGUCGAAACUGCUUUCAGACAAGCUUACCGGCAGCAAUCCACACUAUUUCCCAACUAUGGCAGAGCUCAGGGAAUGGACAGCCAGGUCUGGUGGACUGGACUAGUGAGGAGUACUUUUGCCCAGUGUGGGGUAGAUGACCCUACUCUACUAGAUAAACUAGCCAACAACCUCUAUUACAACUUUUGUGGACCAGAAAACUGGGAGGUGUUUCCUGAUUCUAAUAGCACCCUGAAGUUCUGCAUCGCUUUGGGACUGAAGCAAGGAGUUGUUUCCAACUUUGACAAGCGUUUGGAAGGGAUCCUGAGGGGAUGUGGCCUUCUCACUCACUUCUCAUUUCUUCUGACCUCAGAAGAAGCUGGGGUUGCUAAACCAAACCCUGCCAUUUUUACCCAGGCACUGGUGCGAUGCGGUGUGCAGGCCUGCAGUGUAGUCCAUGUUGGGGACCAUUAUGUGAACGACUACCUGACCUCACGCUCAUUGGGUAUUCGAGGUUACCUGCUUGACAGACAAGAUUCUCAUGGGCACCUUGAUGUUCCCACACAACAUAGACUACAGAGCCUAGAUGAAUUACCAGCUCGAUUGCAGCAGGAUACAGACUGAGAGUGCGUCUGUUGAUGUAAUGUUGCUGCAGGAUUAAACUCAUUUUUGAAUUGACCAUAUUUUUUGCAGUUGUCCAUUUCGUAUGAUGAAACAGAAGAUGUAAGCCUGAAUGUCAGAAUGUGGAGA